GUCUAUUGGAAUUGCGUUGACUGCCAUAGGAGGACUUGGUUACGCCUUCACUAUCUAUGAAGUCAUAAAAAGAGGCCACGAAAAGCUCGUGAAAGGACACAAAGGAAAGCUUGAAGAACAAGUGGAUAGGAAAAGGAAGGAAACAGCAGUCAAGGAGGCACGUAAGCAGACGAUUCGGAUAUUGGACGAACUGCCGCCAGUCGAAGUCCCAAAACAUGAGCGACAAGUGGAAUGGAUGUAG